AUGGAACAUGCACCCCUGGUCGCCGUAAACAGGCAGAGGGCCAGGCAGUAUGCUGACAGUCUUGACAGCAAAAAGUUUGACAAGUACGUCAAGCACGUCAGCAACUGGUCGCGCAGCCUGCCGCUAGUUUUCGACAAUAUGGCGCAGGAGCUAAACCUGAUUGCGCUGCUCGACCUGCUGCAGAUUGGCAGCGGCUUCCGCGGCGAGCUCCACGAGGCAUCCGACAGAGGCGCGUCCGAUAUGGUCAACUUUGGGUGCAUGUCUAUGCACAUAUCUCAAACACAGAUUGACGCCAAGGGCCUUCAGGCGCUGAGCUUGGGCGACGUUGCCCAGCACUUUGGAAUACCGCUAUUUGGCAAGGAACGGCCUAUGAUCGAAGGAAAUACAGCGGUCAUGGUCAGCGAGGCUAGCACGCUGCGGCCGCUGGCCGAGAUAAUCCUGGGAACACUGCAUGACACUGGGCGUCGCUUGGAGCAGGCGGGCUUUUUGUCUCUCGCCGACUUUGUCAUAAAGGUGUGCGCGGAAAUGUCGACAGCUGCGCAUUUGGUCGCAAAGUUAGUCACCGCAUUUCCGUCGCUGCGCGAUGCGACCGAAAUCAACGGGGAACCGGUUUAUCUGUUUAAAAAGGCUCAGCUCUUGGCGUACGACAUUUACCAGCGCUUUGGCAAGACGGACCCAAAGUUUGCCUUUCCAGACAUCAAUGAUUUGACGCUGUUUGCCGACAAUGUGGUCCCUGCUAUGCUACAGUACCAUGGGCUUAUUACGCCCAGCCAUGGUAUCUCGGUAAAAAUUGAGAGCGGCAAGGACCUGACUCUCGAGGAAGCCACAGCGAUGCGCGCCGCGUCAAUAGUUGUCGCGCAAGAGGUGGUUGACUAUGUCAACAAUAACACGGACCAAGCGACGUUGGAUAAUUUUUGGUGGCAGGAAGGGAAAGAGCCCGAGCUGCGGGCCAUCCCGCGGCUUGUGUACAAAAACACGGUUUACUUUUGAAUUGGACAAACGAUACGUGAACAAACAUUUAUAUUUAUAUAUUGACAUAUAUUAAAAAUGACAAUUCCCUGUUGGUGGAUCUACAC